AUGGAGAUCUCCCUGGACGCGCUGCUGGGCGUGCAGCGGCACGGGCAGGACCUGGCCUACAGGCUCACGCAGGGCGUCUCGGGCCUCCUCCUCCACGUGCAGCCGCCGCAGCUCCCGUGGCCCGCCCCGCAGCUGCCGCUCAAGCUCAUCCCCUUCGACAUCGAGCUCCCCGUCGUGCCCUUCGUCAGCGGCGGGAGCGUCGACCUCCCUGCCGUGGCCGUCGCCUCCUUCAUCGAGAUCGGCGGCCGGCUCGGGCAGGCGGGCUCCGACCUCGGCGCCUCCGUCGGCGGCGCCGUGCAGCAGCUGUCGCGGCAGAUUCCUGUGCCAUUCCGCGCGGAGGGCGCCCGGCGCCGGAACUGGGAGGGGGCCGCUGCGCCGCCAACGCCUGCAGCGGUGCACGAGGGGGUAGCUAGCAGGAGAUGA